AAUCGCGUUUGACUACUUUGACUUCACUUUUCAGUUUUCACUUUUCUAAACAUAUUUUUAUACGAACGAAGAGGUGCUGUAAACUUAAGCAGUAAUAAAAAAUAUUAAAUAAACUAACAACCCUUCGUAGCGAUGUGAUCAUUUUUUCAGUGACGCGUUUACAAAAUAUUAAGUAGUGCCAUUUAGAAAUCCCGACCUAUAACAACGAAGCAAUAUUCGUGUAAACAAGUGCCCUACAUUUAAUAGAUUUCUCAAAUGGAAGAAAGUCGUGCAUUCGGACGGGCCUAUUCUAAAGAAGUCACCUAAAACACAUUUGUAAUGGAAAGUCAUAAAUUCGGGUGUAUGAGCAUCGAUUAAGCAACUGUUGUUAUGUAUACUUUAAUAGAGAUAGCUCUAAGCAUAGGGGUGCUAGCCACACUCGUUACUGUUCUGUCUCUAUGUGUAUGUGGCUGCAAGAACUCUAACCAGAAAAGUGAGUUGGUUGGGACGGCCGGUGUGGUCAAAAUUCGUUUGGAUGAGGAGGUACCGUCCCCGGCCCCCACCACUCCUGCCUCCGUCAAGCGGGCGUCGACGCAAAACAGCCAGCGCAGUUUGCCGGAAAUUCCGCAUCCCGUCGGAAGGCAUGACAGCGGCGACACUGCAUCGGAAAUAUAUGCUACAGUUACUAAUUUAGACGAAGGAAAUAAGGCCGUGGUGGAAGCCUCUACUAGCCGAGAUCAUCCUUAUGAACACGCGUAUGCCAAACUACAAAAUGAAAGUCACAAUGUAACCGUGGAAAUAAUACCAGAUCAAAGCUCCGAUAAUGAUAUUCAAAUCGAGGAAAGAGAAACAGCUUCUGCGACAGCAGCAGAAGCAGUGCUGAUAUCAGCGUCGGUUGCGAUCAGCGGGCAGUUGCCUUCGAGCCAGGAACUGCCUUACAUCACGCCGCCGUCUCCGCGCCCACCCGAAGUACAUUUCAGCGGGGACUCCACCGACUCCGCCAAGGGUUACACUAGCAUAUCAGUCCGAGAGCCGCUCAGUAACAUUCGCGCGCAAAACAUCAAGCCGUUACAGCCACACUAUGCCACUGUAUCAGAUGACUCUGCAGAUGAAAUGUACGAGGCGAUAGAGGGCGCUAGCGUUGGUGAGGGCUCCGACACGUACGCGCAAAUCGCGCCAGAACCUCGCCGCCGUGUCCAGCCCGCCAGCGAGCCAGUACCCGCGCCCGCACCCGUAUUGCAGCCCGACGUUACGCACCACGCCAGGAGGAGUGCGCCACCUGAAAUUGGGACAUCAACGUCAAAUGCCACACAUUCCCGCCAAGCGUCAAUGUCGUCUUGUUCGAAUUCAACAGGCGCACUUGGCUCGCCCAAGCCGGAGAAGCGACAGGCGAACUCACCACUACCGCCACCCCCACACAGUACUCACCCAUCUCACCCCUCUCAUCAAUCCCAUCCUCCGCACCCAACUCAUCCUCCACACCCAACUCAUCCUCCACACCCAACUCAUCCUCCACACCCAACUCAUCCUCCACACCCAACUCAUCCUCCACACCCAACUCAUCCUCCACACCCAACUCAUCCUCCACACCCAACUCAUCCUCCACACCCAACUCAUCCUCCACACCCAACUCAUCCUCCACACCCAACUCAUCCUCCACACCCAACACAUCAUCCACACCCAACACAUCCGCCACACGCAACACAUCCUCCGCAUCCGUCUCACGCACCGCUAACAUCACAUCCACCGCUCCCAUCUCAUCCACCGCACUCUGCUCACCCACCACUCCCAUCUCACCCACCGCACCCGGUUAACCCACAGCUCCCAUCUCACCAACCACUAUCGUCCCACCCAGUACACCCACCAGCUCCGCGCUCUGCCGAUCCGCUCGCACAACGACAUCAAAGAAUAUCGAGCACCGGUGAUCUUCACUUCAACCACGACAAACUAAGGCGCAGUCUCAACGAGAAACAUCAACGCAACAACAGCUGUGUCAGUUCGUCAGACUUCUAUGGUUGCAACUACCCUGUGGAGAAGCAUCGGUUUAGUUCUGGGGAUCUCGUGCGGCCACUCGUGGCCAGAGAACUUAACUUCGACAUAGACCAAAAGGAAAACAUCGCAGACAAUCUCUACAACUCUAUUGAUGGGCCAGGGGCUCCCGGAUACAGCGACUACUCCUCCGCAGAGCCAAACUCUAGCAUCAUCUCCGACCAGCGAGCCACAGAAAGCCCAUCGCGAAAUGUGGAAGAAAUGUACGCAAAAGUGAUAAAGAAAGCAAAAGCCAAAGAGGAAACGCACAGAAAAUCGAAAGAUUUAACAAACGCUGACCUCGAUUCCAAAGGAACUAAAUAUCGAGGAGACGAUCCAGGCUACGAGACAAUCGAUCGAAAACUUUUCUCAAACCACGGUUAUGAGACCAUUGCGCGAAAGGACAGAAAGAAUUCUAAUCAGGACCCCGGUUACGAGACGGUCAAAGAUUUAAAUAAAAGCGGUCAGCCCUCAAACUACACGAACAAUAAUUUACUGAAAAGGAAUAAUUUAGCCGCAGACAGUGGUCCUAAUAGCAUCAUAAGCAGCGAUCCGGGCUACGAGCACAUAUCGAAAGGAGACGCAAAUGCUUCGGACUCCGAUCCCAAUUAUGAAGUGCUGAGAAAUCAACCAUCCACGCCGCCGUAUGCGACAAUCGCGCCAAACUACAAAGUCCAACCAACAUAUUCCACAGUAAACAAGAGGCCGGAAAAGUACAACUGGCAUGCGAAUAAUAACGACGAAUCUAUAAUAGAACCGAACUACGAGUCAAUGUCCAACGAUCCGCUAUAUACGACAGGCAGCGAAUCUGAUCCAAAUUACGAGUCGGUCCGACCCAAAGAUCCAAAUUACGAAAGUGUGAACGCUCAAGACCCAAAUUACGAGUCGUUGAGAUGUAAAGAUCCGAAAUACGAAUCUGUCCGUUCAAAGGACUCUAAAUAUGACUCGGUGCGGUCCAAAAAGGAUCCGAACUAUGAAAGUGUUAAAUAUUUCGAAUUGUCAAGAAAGGAGCCGCCCUAUGAGAAAGUGAACACAGAGGCAACUGAGGGCUCCAGCGUGGAUCGUUCGGAUUCCUCUGCGGGAUAUGAAAAAAUUAAUGUCGCCGGGACGAAGGAUUCAAAAAACAGUAUUAAUAAUGGUGCUGAUUGCACUGUAAGUGAUUAUUUCCAGGUUUAAUUUUGACAUAAGACUAUUUAUUUAAGUGGAACAUAUAGUUCGCGACAAUUGGACGUGACAAUUUCUACAAUAACGCCUACAAUAAUAAUUUUUGGUGCCUAACAGAAACAUAAACAAGAUUAAAUCGAUAUAAGCGUAAAAAGUGAAUUAAAAUGGCGCGGGUGUGGGACGCUAUUUUCCGUCUCACUUUAUACCCUGACGUUAUGUCGACUUGUCGCGGGCUGUACGUCAGUGUCGCAUGAAUGUUGGGUGUUUCGACUAAACCUAGGAAUCACUUUGAGAUUGUGUGCUUUUAUUUAUUUACAUUUUUACAACAGCGCUAUGUAUAUUACCUCAAAGAUAGAUUAAUUCUAAUAUCUUCCUUAGGUAUCUGUGAUAUAUGUAUUAUGAGUGUGAAUAUUAUUUUACUCGAUUAAGUUUAUUAUUCCCAUGUCGGUGACAUUUUAU